CUUUCUAGGGGGUUCAGUAUUGCUGGACCCAGCCGCGUCACCUCAACUCGGGGACCGCCACCAUCCUGCUCCGUCUGCGGAAGGAAGGGGGCGUAUGCAAACAACCUGGAGUUCCAAGUUCCUGAUUGGUCGGUCGGAGGCCUCCGCCGCCGGGCUCCGCGGCGCAGUGGGCAUGCGGGCGAGGCCCGCGCGCGCGUGAGCGACGAUGGGGACGCAGGGCAGCCCAGUCAAGAGCUACGACUACCUGCUCAAGUUCCUGCUGGUGGGCGACAGCGACGUGGGCAAGGGUGAGAUCCUGGAGAGCCUGCAGGACGGCGCGGCCGAGUCCCCGUACGCCUACAGUAAUGGGAUCGACUACAAGACUACCACCAUCCUGCUGGACGGCCGGCGGGUCAAGCUGGAACUCUGGGACACAUCGGGCCAGGGCAGGUUCUGCACCAUCUUCAGGUCCUACUCCAGGGGCGCACAGGGGAUCCUUCUGGUGUAUGACAUCACCAACCGCUGGUCCUUCGACGGCAUUGACCGGUGGAUCAAGGAGAUCGAUGAGCAUGCACCCGGGGUCCCCCGGAUCCUGGUUGGGAACCGGCUGCACCUGGCCUUCAAGCGGCAAGUCCCGACAGAGCAGGCACGUGCCUACGCGGAGAAGAACUGCAUGACCUUCUUCGAGGUCAGCCCACUGUGCAACUUCAACGUCAUCGAGUCCUUCACUGAGCUGUCCCGCAUCGUGCUUAUGCGGCACGGCAUGGAGAAGAUCUGGAGGCCCAACCGAGUGUUCAGUCUGCAGGACCUCUGCUGCCGGGCCAUCGUUUCCUGCACCCCCGUGCACCUCAUCGACAAGCUCCCGCUUCCUGUCACCAUCAAGAGCCACCUCAAGUCUUUCUCGAUGGCCAAUGGCAUGAACGCUGUUAUGAUGCACGGGCGCUCCUACUCACUGGCUACUGGAGCAGGGGGCGGCAGCAGCAAGGGCAACAGCCUCAAGCGGUCCAAGUCCAUCCGACCACCCCAGAGCCCACCCCAGAACUGCUCGCGGAGCAACUGCAAGAUCUCCUAGCUCGGCAGGCUGUGCCCCAUCCAGAUGCACUCUGGGAGGGCUCACGCUUGGGGAGUGCUCCUGGCUGGGCGCUGGGCCCAGCGCUGUGUGCAGGGAAAACUUUGGCCACACAGUCCCUCCUGGGAAGCGUGGGGAUGCCCCUAGUAGGCUGGUGGUCUCAGCCAGACCAGCUCCACAGGACAGUGGAGGGCCAUGCUGCUGGGAUGGUGGCAGAUCACGCCCAGGACCCCGAGGUGUGGCUGAGAAGACCCCUGGAGGCGGCUCUGCCUGGCCCCAGCCGUGAGGGGGCUGUCCCUGGGGACUGGGAGACCAGGUUCCCUUUCUUAUUUAUGUAAAAGAUGGUUCACCCCUUUUGUACAUUUUUAAAGGACCAGCAGGGAAGCCUCCGUGCAACCACGCGGUGAGCCCAUGACAGCUGAGGGGACGAGCUUUGGGACAUUGGGAGAGAGGAGGUGUUUGAGGCAAAGAUGGGAAAGAAUCCACCAUCAAGGCUUGAAUCUGAAUUCACAUAACACUUCACAUGGGGCUAUGGGCUGUGUGGGGGCCAGUGGAGAACAUGUGGAAGCUUUGGGCAGCAACCUUGGACUCCCCAUGCAUUGGCUUUUCUGAGCAUGGUGGUCAGUGUGCCCGCCAUGUGCUGAGGGUGCGGGCCCCAGUAGUCUGCGUGGUGGAGCUGCAGUUUCCAGGGCUCCCGCCGGCCUUCCUGGAUGACAUCCGUGUGUGUCAUGGAGCUACGGGUUCAGAGCCAGGGGCGACUCGCAGGUUCCCACGUUGCUUGGAAAAGGGGAAGCGGGGUGCACCCCCCACGUCCCUCCCCAGUUCCCUCUCUCCCCACACGGGGGCCAUCAACCUUCGUUCUGUGAUUCUGCACCUUCAGUUCCGUUUACAUCUGUUGCUGCAUGAAACUGGCUCGGCGUCUCUCCGAGUUGACACAGAGCUAUUUGUAGGCAGUGCUCACUGGGGCCACGAGGCCCUGGGCAAGUCUGGGCUGAGCCUGCCCCACUUGCCUCCUGGGGUGUCUAGACCCUUCUCUGGCCAGCUUCUGUCUUCUGACCUUGGGUGUGAUCCCAUAGCUGCUCCUCACCCAGUUGCACCCCUCUGUGAGGUCACAUGUCACCAAAACCUUUCUCACCCGUUUCUUAGUGGUGGAAGCUGAGCCCCUCCUCGAGGACCCACCGGCCAGCCUGAGCUGGAGGCCUGGCCUCCUUCCGUCCACCUGGCUGGUGACGUGGCCACAGGUCACUGGUGCUCAACUCUACCUCCUGCCCACGGGCCCCUCCCUGGCCUGUGACCCCCUUGCUCGGGACUGUUCUGUGGUGGGUGCCCCGAGGGCUGCUGUUAUGGGAGGUGAGGUGGGGAGGGGCUGCAGCGCCUGUGAGCAGGAUCCUGGCUGAGGCCUGGCUGCCAGCAGGGUUGGGUGGGCAGAGGAGGCCCCACCCAUCCUGUCCUGCCAGCAGGAGCCCCUUCUUUGGACAUUGUUUUGAGGAAACGGAUGAUCCUGCAUUCACCAUAUCAACACUACCCUUUGCUGCUGUCCACACUUGCACUAUUCCUGGGCUCGUUUUGGACAGUUUUAGUUUCUUUGUGUAGUAAACAUAAUUCAGCUCUGGC